UAUGCGGACAGUAUGACGUUUGCCUGGAACCCAGUACCACGGGUGCCGCGACCCUGUAAAUAGAACAUUAUUUGAAUAUUUUCAAAAAUCGAACACUUCCCCCAAGCCAUUUUGCUAUGAACGCUAAAAGUGUUUGAGCUCCGAAGCGAACGAAGCAGAGAGGCGGCAACAUGAUAGAUCCGAGCUCAUCCGAAGAAGACAGUGAGGAUGAACACAAGAAACAACCUUCGAAACUACCAGUUGUCCCUCCGGGCGGGCUUGCUGGAGGCCGGCCCUCAGUCAGAGGGAAGCCUGAACUACCCAGGGGCUCCACGGCUGGACUUGCCGGCGCGAGUCCACUAACGACCGCGCCGCUCGCCGCGCCGCUUCACCCGGCCACGAGGCAGCGCGAGGCAGCUGCGCUCGCCCCCCCUCAGCAUGCAUCCUUCUUGCGCAGGACGUCGACGGGCAGCGCCAGCUCCGGGGAAGCCCCUGCGCCGUCUCCAAGUCCGUCAGGCACCAGCCACUCCGACAAGGACCAAGACCCUCAGGAGAAGAUAGAAAAACUAGAAGAGGAUAAGAAACGACGACUCCAGCUAUACGUCUUCGUGUCAAGAUGUGUAGCGCACCCUUUCAACGCCAAACAACCCACAGACAUGACCAGGCGACAUACUAAGCUGACGCCGCACCAACUCGAAACUAUACAAGCUAGGUUUCAGGCUUUCCUAAAAGGAGAGACGCAAAUUCUGGCAGACGAGGCCUUCCAGAACGCCGUGCAGUCCUAUUACGACGUGUUCCUCAAGAGUGAGAGAGUGGAGCAAAUGGUCAAGUCUGGUGCCUGCUCGCAUCAUGACUUCCGAGAGGUCUUCAGAAAUAAUAUCGAAAAACGAGUCAGGUCUUUGCCUGAAAUCGAUGGACUUAGCAAAGAAACAGUUUUAACCACUUGGCUAGCUAAACUGGAUUGCAUCAUGAAAGGAACGGGAAUAACAGGCAUACCUGGAGAUGACGAAACAAAACGGCCGUCGAGAGCACAGCAACAGAGUUUGAAUGCUGAAUGCAUUCUGAGCAAGGAGCAACUCUACGAUAUGUUCCAGCAAAUCUUGGGAGUCAAGAAGUUUGAGCACCAGUUGCUGUUUAACGCUCUUUUGCUGGACUCAGCUGAUGAGCAAGCAGCCGCGAUAAGAAGAGAACUGGACGGGAGAAUGCAGAAGGUCAAUGAAAUGGAGAAGAACCGGAAGUUGAUGCCCAAGUUCGUCCUGAAGGAGAUGGAAUCGCUCUACAUCGAAGAGUUGAAGUCCUCCAUCAACCUGCUGAUGGCCAACUUGGAGUCGCUUCCCGUCUCCAAGGGUGGCGCCGACUCCAAAUACGGUCUCCAUAAGAUCAAGCGGUAUAAUCACAGAUCGAACGCUGGACCAGACCCGAGUCCAAGGUUGAGUAAGCAGCUAUGUUUCAGAUCGCAAGGGUCUCUAGCGAACAAGCUGACGGGUGGAGAGGCUGACGGAGGUGACGUCGACACUCAGCUAACUAAAAUGGACGUAGUACUUACGUUCCAGAUUGAGGUGGUUGUUAUGGAGGUUAAAGGAUUGAAAUCGUUAGCUCCCAACCGGAUAGUCUACUGCACAAUGGAAGUCGAAGGUGGUGACAAACUCCAAACUGACCAGGCUGAGGCGUCUAAACCCAUGUGGGAUACUCAAGGUGACUUCAGUACAACACAACCUUUGCCAGCUGUGAAAGUGAAAUUAUAUACUGAAAAUCCUGGAGUCCUAGCGCUCGAAGAUAAAGAGUUGGGCAAAGUUGUACUCAGGCCUACACCUUUAUCUAGUAAGGUACCAGAGUGGCAUCGCAUGACGGUACCAAAGAACUUGCCAGAUCAGGACUUGAGGAUCAAGAUCGCCUGUCGGAUGGACAAGCCGUUGAACAUGAAACAUUGUGGCUACCUUCACGUAAUCGGCAAGGCGGUAUGGCGUAAGUGGAAGCGUCGGUACAUGGUCCUGGUGCAAGUGAGCCAGUACACGUUCGCGCUCUGCUCCUACAAGGACAAGAAGUCCGAACCCGCAGAGAUGAUGCAGCUCGACGGCUUCACGGUCGACUAUAUAGAGCUGGCUAGUGCCCAGCUGAUGGUUGGACAAGAACUGGAAGGAGCGAAGUACUUCAUGAACGCAGUGCGCGAUGGCGAGUCGGUUCUGAUGGGUGUGGGUGACGAGAACGAAUGCCACCUGUGGGUGAUGGCGUUGUACCGAGCCACGGGCCAGAGCCACAAGCCCACGCCUCCCACCACCUCCGACACGCAUAUUAAGAUUAUGGGAGACGCAGAUAAAGCCCGCAAGCAUGGGAUGGAGGACUACAUCCAGGCGGACCCUUGCCAGUUCGACCACCAUCAACUGUUUACUCUUCUACAAUCUUUCACCCUGAAAUACAGGCUGCAAGAUCCUUACUGCUCUUUGGGCUGGUUCUCUCCGGGACAAGUGUUCGUGCUGGACGAGUACUGCGCGCGGUACGGCGUGCGCGGCUGCUACCGCCACCUGUGCUACCUGUCCGACCUGCUGGACGUGGCCGAGAGCGGCACGCAGACCGUGGACCCCACGCUCAUGCACUACUCCUUCGCCUUCUGCGCGAGCCACGUGCACGGCAACAGUACGGCCACGUUGCCUGGCAGGCCGGACGGGGUGGGCAGCAUCACGGUACAAGAGAAAGAGAAGUUCGCGGAGAUCAAGGAACGGCUGAAGACGUUGUUGCAGCAUCAGAUCACGAACUUCAGAUAUGCUUUCCCGUUUGGACGACCUGAAGGAGCUUUGAAGGCGACGCUAUCUCUAUUGGAAAGAGUUCUAAUGAAGGACGUGGUGACACCAGUGGCCCCUGAAGAGGUCCGGUCAAUGAUUCAAACGAGCUUAGAAAAUGCGGCGCUUCUGAACUACACCCAGCUGAGCCAGAAAGCUAAUAUUGAAGAGGAUCUCCGAGGUGAAACCAUGGUGACUCCGGCUAAAAAACUUGAAGAUCUUAUACACCUAGCAGAGCUCUGCGUAGACCUGCUUCAACAGAAUGAAGAACAUUACGCGGAGGUUUAUAACACAAAACCGGACUCUAGCGGUCAACAAAAUGCUUUUGCGUGGUUCUCUGAGCUACUGGUGGAGCAUGCCGAGAUCUUCUGGGCGCUGUUUGCGGUGGACAUGGACCGUGUUCUUUCUGAACAGCCUCCUGAUACGUGGGACUCAUUCCCCCUUUUCCAGAUUUUGAAUGACUAUUUGAGAACCGAUGAUAAUUUAAGAAACGGCAGAUUCCAUGAACAUCUGCGCGACACGUUUGCACCGCUCGUGGUCCGUUAUGUAGACCUCAUGGAGUCUUCCAUAGCGCAGUCACUUCACAAAGGCUUUGAGAAGGAACGCUGGGAGAUUAAAGGAAAUGGCUGUUCAACGAGCGAGGAAUUGUUCUGGAAGCUGGAUGCCCUUCAGUCCUUCAUCAGAGACCUGCACUGGCCGGAGCCCGAGUUUCGCUCUCAUCUCGAGCAACGACUCAAACUGAUGGCCAGCGACAUGAUGGAGACCUGCAUUCAGAAAACUGAAGCUUCUUUCCAGGCGUGGCUAAAGAAGAGCGUAUCUUUCAUUUCAACGGAUUACAUCUUACCAGCUGAGAUCUGCGCAAUGGUGAACGUUGCGCUGGAUGCAAAGAAUCAAGCCCUCAAACUUUGCGCCGUUGAAGGAGUUGACAUCUACCAGUACCAUGCUAAAAUGGAUGCCCAGAUCGAGGCGUGUCUCCAUGCGAUGUCGACGGGGAUGACGACGCGCCUGGCGGCCGUGCUGGAGUCCACCCUGGCGAAGGUCGCGCGCUUCGACGAGGGCAGUUUGAUAGGCUCGUUCUUGAAUAUCGCAAACGUGUCGAGCUCAGGCAAGGACAUCGGGCAGGGCUAUGUCAACUUCAUGAGGAACUCUAUGGACCAAAUCAGAUCUAAGGUGACAGAUGAGCUAUGGAUCCUGCAGCUGUUCGAGCAGUGGUACGGCGUGCAGAUCGACCUCAUCAACGAGUGGCUGAUACAGCGGCCAGCGCUGCAUCCGCAGCAGGUUGCCUGCCUCUCCAUCGUUCUCAAGAAAAUGUACAGCGACUUCGAGUUGCAAGGCGUGAUCGACGACAAGCUGAACUCCAAGACGUACCAGAGUGUGGCCGCCCGCAUGCACACCGAGGAGGCCACGUGCAGUCUACUGCUCGCGCAACAGGACCAGGGAAGCGGCGAUGAUGGUGGAUCAGAAGAAGGGGCCCGAAGCGGCAAAUCUAAAUUAGAAUCUUUGACUGAAGAAGCGAAAUUGGGAAACGUCACUGCUGUCGUUGGGAAGAUGGGGAACAUGUUUGGGCGCGGGAUCGGCGAGCUGUCAACAAAACUAGGUGGUGCCUCAUCUUGGUUUUAGCGCUUUGGCGAGGACUUUAUUGAUAUCAUACAUUUCUUUGCGUAUAUCGAUGUAAUAAGAUGAGACAUGCUUCUGUUAUAUUUUCUACCUGUGAUGUCGAUCUAUAAUAAAACUGUAUUCAUUUGCAUUCGA